UACUUGAGGCCCACGAUAAAGCUGCUGAGCGUUAUUUCCCCCACUUGAUAGGGAAUUAAAUUAAUGGCCGGAGCCAAGAAAUGCCGAAUUAAAGAAAACAAAUCACUGAUAAAUCUUGGAGGGCUUUCACGGCUGCGGAGCUGCUCAGAUUGCAGACUUAAUUGGGUUUUUAUUUUGUGGGAGAUUUUUCAUGGAGUGAAGGUCUCUUGUUUGUGGGAUGAACAUGUGGAAAUAAAUAAAUGUUUUUGUCUUUUUGAUGAUGAAGCAGAAUGUGCUUUGCAUGUUUUGAGAAUGUUGUGUGAAUUCAAUCAUUUUUAAAAACCUCACAAAUAAAAGUACUUUCUGUCUUAUUUGUGUUGAUUUAAUCUAAAAUCACACGUGGAUUAAAACCUACUUUUUAACUAAGCCUGUGCUUGAAUAAGGAGAAUUUUACACUUCAGAGGUAGAAAUGUUCACUUCAGACACAAAUAUUGAAUCUAUUGAACUAAAUUUUUAGAAGGAACUUAAUAAAAGUGGCUGCUCCAAGCCAAGAUUUCUUGAAAUAAAGUCUUGGUUAUGUCUUUGUCCACAAUUAUUAUAAUCUGCUUCUCAGCUCAGUUUAACUGACAUUACCCCUCCAGCCUGUGACCUGAGAUGCCCUCCAUCACCUCCCCAAACGUCUAUACCAACAGACCAUCAGACCACAUGUGUGGUGAGGACUCUUCCGCAUCACAGGAGCCGAUUCGUGCCAACCGAAGCCCCCGAUGGCAGCAGCUGAUAGCGCCCCUCAGGCUGGCAUCAGGCCACCUGACCUGCGUCAGCCCAGUUGGCUUGGCCUCCCCCUGGCCGUGGGUGUGACUCUCCAGCCAACUGAAUUUAAGCGGAGCUCCGGCCUAAGAUCAACCAUCCGAUCCAGGUGCGAAGUGAGAAACCAACAUGAGUUUGACUGCCAAAGACAAGGACGUCGUCAAGGGCCUGUGGGCCAAAAUCUCCAAGUCUGCUGAUGCUAUCGGGGCUGAUGCUCUCAGCAGGAUGCUCAGCGUCUAUCCCCAAACCAAGACCUACUUCUCCCACUGGCCGGACCUGAGCCCCGGCUCUGCCCCCGUCCAGGCGCACGGAAAGAAGGUGAUGGGUGGAGUCGCCCUGGCUGUGUCCAAGAUCGACGACCUGACCAACGGCCUGCUGAAUCUCAGCGAGCAGCACGCCUUCCAGCUGAGGGUGGACCCCGCCAACUUCAAGGUGAGACCGGGGGGCGUUGUCACCUGCUACAGCUACAUUAUGAUAUGGCCAUACAGUUCAUGUAUGAUAUGUGCCAAGGAUCUGGAGCUCACCGAUAUGACUUGUGCGUGCCUUUACGCACGGUUAACGCACAAAUGACGCAUUCACGCCGCACUAGUCGCAGCUUUUGUCCAAAAUCGACUCACCGGUUUUGUGAUGCUGGCCUCAGAGCCUGCACUGCACCACACUGGCAUUUCAGAUUUGAAUGAUAAACCAGUGAAUUUGUUUUUUUUUAAUUCAAGUCACAGGAAAUAAACCAUAUUUAUUUAUUCGUGACCCAAUUAUGUC